AUGAAUUUGCAACGACAAUUAGAAUUAGUGCUCCCGGGAAAGAGCCCUGAUGAAAUAUUGAAAAGUCAUGAAGUAAAUAAAUAUGAUCAUUCUGUUGUUCUAUGGAAGAUAGAGAAUACCCAAAGAGGAUAUACUAUCACACAUAAACUGAAACCAUUAGACAAUGAUAACAAAAAGGAAUCAACAAAGUCGAAAACUCAGCAUUUUCCUAGGAAUGACACCGUCAGACUUAUUGACUUGAAUAUCAGAGAACUG